ACUUUCAGUCUCAGCGGGCGAAAAACCCUAUUUCCUUCUCCUCUUCCCCAAUCCCCCAGGCCUAAAUCGAAAAAAACUAAAUGGCCGCCGCCGCUGCUCGCCCUCUCGUUUCCGUUCAACCGCUGGAGAACGAUAUGGCGACGGACGGAGCCUCUGCCACAAACUCCGUUCCCCAACCCGCCGUCAUGAAGGCCCCGAUCCGUCCUGAUUUGGUCAAGUACGUUCACGGAAACAUUUCCAAGAACGCACGCCAGCCAUACGCCGUUUCCAAGAAAGCCGGUCACCAGACUUCGGCCGAAUCGUGGGGUACCGGUCGUGCUGUCUCACGUAUCCCUCGUGUUCCCGGUGGUGGUACCCACAGAGCCGGCCAGGGUGCCUACGGCAACAUGUGUCGUGGUGGUCGGAUGUUUGCUCCGACUAAGAUCUGGCGCCGCUGGCAUCGUAAGAUCCCUGUCAACCAGAAGAGGUUCGCCGUUGCUUCUGCAAUCGCCGCCUCUGCUGUGCCCGCGCUCGUGAUGGCCCGUGGUCAUCGCAUUGAGUCAGUUCCAGAACUUCCCUGUGUCGUCUCUGAUUCUGCUGAGGGAAUUGAGAAGACUUCCAACGCCAUUAAGGCCCUCAAGCAAAUUGGAGCUUAUCCCGAUGCUGAGAAGGCUAAGGAGAGCCACGCAAUCCGCGCUGGAAAGGGUAAAAUGCGUAACCGCAGGUAUGUUUCCAAGAAGGGCCCUCUGAUUGUUUACGGUACUGAAGGCUCAAAGCUUGUCAAGGCCUUCCGCAACAUCCCUGGUGUUGAGAUUGCCCACGUUGAGCGCCUAAAUUUGUUGAAGCUCGCCCCUGGUGGCCAUCUUGGUAGGUUCAUUAUUUGGACCAAGUCGGCCUUUGAGAAAUUGGAUGAGAUAUAUGGGACUUUUGAUAAGAAAUCCGAGCAGAAGAAGGGCUAUCUUCUACCCAGGUCUAAGAUGGUCAAUGCUGAUUUGGCUAGGAUUAUCAACUCUGAUGAGGUUCAGUCUGUUGUGAGACCAAUUAAGAAGGAGGUCAAGAGGGCACCAAUGAAGAAGAAUCCUCUCAAGAACUUGAAUGUGCUUCUGAAGCUUAACCCAUAUGCCAAGACCGCUAGGAGGAUGGCUCUUUUGGCUGAGGCUGAGCGUGUGAAGUCCAAGAAGGAGAAGCUUGCAGCGAAGAGGACACCCAUCACUAAGGAGGAUGCAUCUGCUAUUAAAGCUGCUGGAAAAUCGUGGUACAAGACAAUGAUCUCCGAUAGUGAUUACACCGAGUUCGAGAACUUCACUAAGUGGUUGGGCGUGUCUCAGUGAUUGACUUUUAUUAGAAUUUUUGGUUAUCACUAGUGUUGUUCUUAUUUAAACUUGUGGUUUAAAGACAUGUACGUUCUAUCUUUGGUUGGGAAAUGUGAAACUGAGUAUUCAUACUUGGUCGUCCAGUUCCCAACUCAUCUGGAGCUCAAUCUUCUGGAUAGUUUGAAGAGUUUUUGUUUGAAGAGAUUUUAUAUUAAGGAUAUUAUCGUAGCAUUUCAUUAUCAAUAGAUGCAUGCUGUGUAUUUUAUCAUCAAACUUAUAAUUUGUUGGUCUGAAAAUUGAGAAUCAAUUCUGAUCCAUACCAUACUCAUUUGUGAAUUGUAUUAGGCUUAGGUUCAUAUGGAUGGUUAAGCUAUUAUUUUGAUGUGGUUUGUUUCUUCUAGCUGGUAUAUGGAGACGGCUCAUUUGAAAAUUUGGAAGCCAAUUAAGAUAUCACAUGGAUGCUUUUGCUUGAAAGAAUUUGUGAUUCUUCACUCCAGGAAAAGCUUUCAUUGAGUAUAAAAUGAUGUGUUUAGGACUGCAGAAAUGUAGAUUAUUUCUAGCUAGAGUUUUAAAAGCGUUCUUGUGUGAUUGGUUCAAU